AUGGAGCGGACUUCCUGGGCGGCGUUUGGGAGGACGGUGGUGGCAGCACUGGUGGCGGUGGCGGCUUUCUGCGCCGGAGAAGCGUCGGGUCUCCGGUUCUCGCCGGGGAGAGGGGAGUUCAAGAUACUGCAGGUGGCGGACAUGCACUACGGGAACGGGGGCACGACGGGUUGCCUCGACGUGUUGCCGGCUCAGAUGGCCGGCUGCUCCGACCUCAACACUACUGCCUUCCUGGAGCGAGUGAUCCGAGCAGAGCAGCCCGACCUCAUCGUCUUCACAGGGGACAACAUCUUUGGUCUCGAUGCCAGCGACGCCGGGAGAUCUAUGGAAGCAGCAUUUGCACCAGCAGUUGCAGCAGGAAUACCAUGGGCAGCUGUCUUGGGGAACCAUGAUCAGGAAUCGACGCUUACAAGGGAAGAAGUAAUGAAAUACAUUGUUGCCAUGAAUCACAGUAUUUCUUUUCUCAACCCCCCAUCCACUACUGCACCCAUGGAUGGGUAUGGUAACUACAAUCUUGAGGUUCAGGGGGUUGCUAGUUCAAAACUCGAGAACAAGUCUAUUUUGAAUCUCUACUUCUUGGACAGUGGGGAUUACUCCACUGUCCCAUUCAUUCCUGGCUUUGAUUGGAUCAAACCUUCUCAACAAGUUUGGUUUCAAACGACAUCCUCACUUCUGCAGAAUGACUAUACAAGUGAACCAGAAGCACAAACGAAACCAGCACCAGGGCUGGUGUAUUUUCAUAUCCCAUUGCCAGAAUUCGCCCUUCUCGAGGCCCAGAACCAUACUGGUGUAAAGCAAGAGAGUGUCGGUUCACCAAUAAUAAAUUCAGGUUUCUUUACAACCAUGGUGGAAGCAGGGGAUGUGAAGGCAGUGUUCACAGGGCAUGAUCACAUAAAUGACUUGUGUGGGAAGCUCUCAGGAAUAGAGCUGUGUUAUGCAGGUGGCUUUGGCUAUCAUGCGUACGGGAAGGCAGGGUGGCCCAGGAGGGCAAGGGUGGUACUUGCCUCAUUAGAGAAAAACAAGCAGAGUCAUGGUUGGGGAGGAGUUCAAUCAAUCAAAACAUGGAAACGCUUAGAUGACCCGUAUCUUUCCACCAUUGACAUUCAGACUCUGUGGCAGAAAGAGAGUUUGACUGAUGAGCUUGGCAAAUAGAUUCUAGCUCUGAUAGAAACAAUACAAUUAGUGUUUGCAGAUUGUAUUAGAUUUUAUGAAAAGGCAAAAAAAUGAAGUUCUGUUCUCGGAGUGAAGUAUUUCUGAUUGAGAAGAUAUGAUAGAGGCAUGUAAAUUAUUGAACUUUAUAGUAUUGUGUGCAAUUAA